AGGGGGGUCACUCUUAUUUGUUAUUCAUUACGGUGGCGGGAACUAUUUGAGAAGAUCGUUCCAGAUUGAUACAUGCUGAUGCCACUAUGUAAGAAGGCUUUGACUAUUUAGAAGGCCAUGUCGACUUGUUGGGGAGAGAGUGAUUCCUGGACUUCUGGGGAGGAAGAGGAAUCUGAUACAGAAGCAGAUUGUGGUCCAGAAGAUGGAGGAGGAUGGGAUAAUGAUUUCUACUCCUACGCUUCAUUCCAGGAUGAGGAGUCGGAGAGUGAUUACUGCGACACUGAUGAGGAACAGCAGCAGGAGGAGUUGUCGAAGUCCUCAGUACCUCCAGGUGAUGCCCACAGAAGAGACAAGGCCAUGAUGUUUGAUUCCCAAAAUCACAAGACUUCAGCAGCAGCACCAAAAGCUGAACAACAAGGAUCAGAUGAUGAAGACAUGGCAAGUGAUGAACAAUAUGGUGGACGUAUAGUGGAGUCAGAAAAGUGUCUGAUAUCUGUGACUAAACUGUACAGAGUAUGCAAAUCUUCAACAUUUCAAAAGUAUCAAAGCCAGGGCACUCAGACAGGAUUUGACUUACCUCUGUUCGAUGACUUUUCAUGUGAGAGUGAGGUGCCGGACACUGCAUGGUAUGCCUUAACAGAUCUCAUAUUUAACCGAGAUGGACAUGGAAUUAUAAACUGGUUCAAGAAAAGAAAAGUAUCUGCCAGUACGAAAAUGGCAAUUGGAAGUGAAGUAGACUCUCCUCUGAAAAUAGCAAUUCGAGCUGGGAGCGUUGUGAUAUUUAACUACCUCUGUGGACAAGGUUUUCCUUUUCAUCCAUCUUGUCACCCAUUCUUUGAAGCAACAAAAGAAGGCAGCUUGCCCCAUCUCAAGAGAAUGCUGGACCUAGGUGUUGACAUUAACAUAUCUGAUGAUGAAAAUAUGACAGCUUUGCACUUGGCCUCCAGAGAACCAUAUGACUAUUCUCCAAUCAUCAAAUUCCUUGUUGCUCAUGGUGCCGAUGUUGGGCAAGUUGAUGAGUUUGGAGCAACACCAAUAUUCCGAGCAGUCAUGAGUGGCUCAGAAGAAAACAUCAAUUGUCUCAUUGAAGCAGAUUCACCACUUAACAAGCAGAACUUUGAAGGGAGGCCCAUCCUUCAUGCUGCUGUGCUACGUGGUUUCAAGAUGGUAAAGCGAUUAUACAGAGCAGGAGCUCGCCCUGGGACGUCCCCAAUCUAUGACGAAGUGCGAGCCGCGGUGAGAGGUGGACACAUCAACAUCCUGAGAUACCUCAUCAGGAAGAAUGCUCCUUUGAGAACAAAGUCCUUUAAGAAGAACCUGACCACCUUGUGCCAUGCCAUCACAUGUCCGGAUGUUGAUGUGGGAACGCAGAUGCUUGACAUGCUUCUGGCUGCAGGUUAUGACAUUUCUGCAGAACCAAACAUUGAAAAACAUGUCCCUCCCCAAUAUUUCAGAGGCCCCAGAGGCAAAGCCCUGAAGAAGAAGCUUGUUUCCUUCAACACAAAUUUGAAAAGUCUCAAAGAGUUGUCCUGCUUGAAGGCACGGCAAGCUCUGGGGACAUCGCUGCCAGACAUGCUGAAGGAUGGCUCCGUACCACCCGCCAUCAGGAACCAACUCUCUCUGAAGCAUGUGUGAAAUGACUAAGGUUGCUGAUGGUGGUCAUGAAUUGUUAUGAUUUUAAAAGUUUUUAGCAUGUUGUAUCACGUUGCAAAGCAACAUGUACUUGUCAUAGGUUUGUUGCUUAAAGUUCAAAACAUCUUUGAUUGUGUGAGGCUGUUGUGAGACUUGGACGGUCUCUAUUCUGUUGUGGCGGUUUGUGAUAUUUGAAAUAUUAUGUGACAAAAUAAAGACCUUGAACUAAUUUAUAAUAAUUCAAGAUUUGUCAAAUCAGAUUUGUGGAGAUAGCUAGAACAUAACCUACUAGCUAUGGGAGAAUUAUCAUGAUUUUGCUUUAUGUGAACAUUUGUGAAGGGUAGAUAGUAAGUCAUUUGUCAUAGCUUAUUCUGUAUCUUAUCCAUGAAUAUAAGAUAGCUACGUGAUAAAUUGCAAAGAAAAUUAUGAAGAGCGAAGUGUGGUUUAUUUUGCAAUAAAACAUUGUCUUAUCAUGA